AUGCCGUCUACCACAAAUGAAUAUGCUAAAGCUGAAAGAGAGCUAGCAAAUGAACAACAAUUACAAGAAAAAAUCGUGAAUGAAGAAUUCAAAAUUUGGAAGAAAACAGUCCCUUUAUUGUAUGAUUUUGUUCAUACAUUUGCAUUAGAUAGUCCAUCAUUAGUAUUUCAAUGGUUACCAGAUUAUAAUGUUUCUCAAUCAGAUUUAGAAGUGAAAUUUUUAAUAGGAACAAAUACUAUCAAUAAAUCGGAAAAUUAUUUAAAAUUGGGUUCAGUUACCUUACCUUCAACUUUGGUUGAAAAUUCAACUAAUCCCCAAGGUAUACCUAUUCCAACUGAAGAUUUAGAUACUUCUAAUUUUAGAAUCAUUAACCAAUGGAAACAAUCAUGUGAGAUUAAUAAAUUGAAAGUAUCAUCUAAUGGAGGACUUGCUGUUGGAUUUGGAGCUGAUGGGAUAAUUCGUGGAUUUAAUUUGAAGAAUUACGAUAUUGUUGAUUAUAAAUAUCAUAAACAAGAAGGUUCUGCCUUGAAUUGGAUUAAUGAGAAUAGUUUUAUUUCUGGUGCUAAAGAUUCUCAAAUUGCUUUAUGGCAAGUAGAUAAACCUUCGACUCCAAUUCAAUUAUUUAAAGGACAUCGUGGUGCUAUUAAUGAUUUAUCAUCGAUAAAGGGGAAAACCUUGUUUGGGUCUGUUAGUGAUGAUUCGACAACGCAAUUCUAUGAUGGAAGAAUCGGUUCAAUAGAUGCUAAUCCUGUAAUAUCAGUGGAAAAUAAUCAUAUCCAGAAUUGUAUUCAAUUCCAUCCGGAUAUUCACACAAUGUAUGCUACAGCUGGUAAAGAUAAUAUUGUUUCACUAUAUGAUAUGAGAAAUUACAAGACACCAUUCAGAAAGUUUUAUGGGCAUAAUGAUACCAUUAGACAAUUACAAUGGGAUUCAUACAAUCCAAACCUUCUUGUAUCUUGCGGAUUAGAUAAGCGUGUACUUUUCUGGAAUUUGGAAAGCCUCGAUGAAGAUUAUACUUAUCCUGAUCAGACUUCUAAUGGUAAGGAUUCUAAUUCAAAGAAGAAACAAGUCAAUAAAGUGGAUCCUUGUUUGAAAUAUAUCCAUGGUGGUCAUACUAAUAGAAUCAAUGAUUUUGAUAUACAUACUAAAGUGAGAAAUCUUUUUGGUAGUGUUGGCAAUGAUAGAUUAUUAGAAAUCUGGAAACCAAAGACCUUACCGGGUGAUGAACCGGAAGAAGAAGAAGAGGAGGAAGUAGAAGAAGAGGCAUUACCUGAAGAAAAGAAAGUUAGUGAAGAAACCAAGGAAUCAGAACAAGACGUUGAAAUGAAAGAUUGA